GCCUUCUUUCUCGGCGCCUGGAUUUUGAAACGCUUGGAAAAGUUGGACCAGACAGGUGUGGUAGCUUGCGUUGCUAGAGACAACAUAACCCACUUAUUGUCACGAUUUACAAUAGAUGUUGCCUUUGAUAGCAGCUGGAAACAUCCGCCGUGGGACACUGUUCCAGGAAGGACCAAAGACAUGGAAUCGACAGUGCUGAACCUGCACAACCAUUUCCAGAAUCUGUGUGCAUGCUCCGAUAUUCUCAAUGAGGGCCUCGAACCACAGUUCAUCCAAAUGGCUCUGAACUUCGAGGACUGCAGGAGGAAGUGGCUGCAGUGGGAGGAGGAACUGGGAGCCUGCAAGGAGGUGCUGACCAAAACAGAGACUGAGAGGGGGGCUCUGGAGAUAAAGCUGAAGCACGCACGCAACCAGGUGGACGUGGAGAUCAGACGGCGCCAGCGGGCAGAGGCAGAAUACGAGAAACUGGAGCGUCAGAUCCAGCUGAUCCGAGAUAUGCUGGUGGCGGAGAGCUCCAGCAGCAGCCUCCACCUGAGUGAGGAGCAGCGCUCUGCCCUGGCCUUCCUCAACGCCCACUCCCAGGCUGCUCAGGCUGCCAAGAACAACACCAACCUCAACACCAGCCACAAGUUAACCACCAUAGAUGAAUCUGCUUCCUUGUUGUCAGACAUUAGCUAUGACAAAACAGAUGAUUCUCUGGAUUGGGACUCUUCUGUGAUGAGGACAGUGCGACUGAGAAAACUGCAGAAAAGGCGUUCCUCCAGAACCCUUGCUGAGCCUCCCCAGCAGGUGGUGAAGAAACCCCGCUCCACUGGCCGUACUUCCGAGAGGGUGAACGAGUCCAUAGUUACCAAGACCACCAUCACAGUGCCCGUCAAUGGAGGUCCGGUAGAGGCCGUGUCCACCAUGGAGACAGUGUCUGGCUACUGGACAGGCAGCAGGAAGAGGAUCGCUGCUCAGGGCUGGGACACUACUUCUAUUGACCAAUCAGAGACAGCUAGCGAGGUUCCCAGCACCCCAUGCAGUAAUGCUCCGCCCCCAACCAAAACACCCAGAGCCAAAGUGGGGGCCCGAAAGCACGAGUUCCUUGCCAAAACGGUGAUCAGGUCAGAGUUCUGCGUGCCGUGUGGAAGGAAGACCAAGUUUGGGAAGCUCUACCUGAGGUGCCAGGACUGCAAGCUGGUGGCUCACCCAGAGUGCCGCGACCUCUGCACCCUGCCGUGUAACCCUAUCUCUACAGGCAGCACCCCCAUCAGGACCAGAGAGCCAAGCACCCUUGCAGACUACGCUCCCUCCUCCUCUCCCAUGAUCCCUGCCCUGGUGGUCCACUGUGUCAAGGAGAUUGAGCACAGGGGUUUACACGAGACGGGUCUGUACCGUGUGUCGGGCGAGGGGCGCACAGUGAAGGAGCUGAAGAAGAGCUUCCUGCGGGGGAGGACAGUGCCUGCCCUGGCCAAGGUGGAGGACAUCCACUGUGUCACGGGCUUCCUCAAGGACUUCCUGAGAAACCUCCCGGAGCCCCUCCUCACCUUCCGCCUCAACCGCGACUUCAUGGAGGCUGCAGAAAUCCAGGACAAUGGCAAUAGUCUGUCGAUGAUCUACCAGACCAUCAGUGAGCUGCCCCAUCCUAACAGAGACACUCUGGCCUAUCUGUCCAUCCACCUGCAGAGGGUGGCCCAGUGUGUACUAGACACCAAGAUGGACAUCACCAAUCUGGCAAGAGUGUUUGGACCCACCCUGGUGGGUCAUGCCAUCCCAGACCCAGACCCCAUGACCAUCCUGCACGACACCAGCAGACAACCACGGGUGAUGGAGUGCUUGUUGGACCUUCCUUAUGAGUACUGGAGCCAGUUCACAGUGGAGCAGCACACCCAUCCAGACAAUGUGGUCAAAGACGAUGCUAACUGCUACAACACUCCAGACCACAAAGUGAGCAUGCUGGGACCAGUGACCACUCCAGAACACCAGAUGACUAAAACGCCCUCCUCUAGCUCCCUGUCCCAGCGCAUGAAACAGACUUUCUCCAGCACCACAAUAUUUGGAAGCAAGAGCAAGGCAUCCACUAGCUCAAGUCGCCAAGAAGGCUUCUUUGCCUCCCCUCAGCUGAAGUAAUGGUAAAACCACGGUAUUAUGGUGAAAAAGUAACAUUAUUUUAAACUCUCUUUUUCUAAAGAACCAAUAAUGAGGUUAUGUGGUCAAGGAACAAAACUGUUCAUUUUUACAUGGUCACUGUACAUGGGAAACCACUGCAAUGUCACAAUGCUUUUUUACCAUUUUAUAUCAAACAUAUUUUAAUGUAUUUUCUGUGCAAUAUUAGAUUUUGCUUUAAACACUGUCAUUCUUGUUAACAUAUCUACUACUGUAAUAUGGGAAACUACUGCCGUAUAUUUUAUACCAAUUUAUAUCAAACUUAUUUUAAACUUUAUUUUCUAACGAACUAUGCAAUAUUUGAUUUUGCUUUAAACACUAAUGACUUGAAAUAGCUUUAUUUAAUGUUAAACUAAAAUCACUAUUACACAAUCACUUAGCCUAAAAUAUCAACAUAAAAAGGAUAUUGAGGUUUGAAUCUCUAUAUUUAAUGGUAUACCUUUGUAUUUACGAUAAUUAAUCAGUAUGGUCUGAUCUGUCUAAUCAUGGAAGAAAGAGUAACUGUUAGCCAGUGUGAAGUUGCUGCUACAUCAAACCAAGGACCUUUGGUGAUCUGACAUGGGCUCAAAUACUUUUAUCAAAUCUUUAAGUACUGUUAUCAUUUACUUUAGCCUGCCUGGAGUGCCAAAUGGACAGGAUUUGCAGUUUUGCCACUAUUCUAUUAGUUCCAUUGUGCCAGGCAAGCUCAAUCAAGCCUAGCUAAACUAUUUGAAACCAGGUCUGGUAUUGACCAGUAUACAUUACAGUACAUAAAGUGUUGUGUAAUGCAUAAAUUGAUGAUUAGGUCUAUAAAUGACGCAUUGGUAGUGGUACUCUUUUAUUCUGUGAUUGUAAUCACAGAGUCGGAGGGACACUAGCAUUGGAUUGGAACAGAAAAAAAUGUCUCAUUUUUACAGUCCUAUAACCGUUAAUGUGAUCUGUAUUUUGAAAUACAAUGAUUGUUUUUCUUUAUUGAUGAUUUAAGUAGUUUUUUUGUGGUAAAAUAAUCAUGCUAACCUUAUUAGAUAACACAUAAGAGGGGAUUAUGUAAACUUUCUAACCAAAGAUGGCAAAGAACAUCAGAAUGUCCCUCAGGCUAUUUCUGUAGAAUUUGAAAAAUGGUUGUAAUUGUCCUGUUAUUUAUACACAAUUCUCACAAAGAAAUGUACAACUUGAUGGGAAGGUGAUGUAAAAAGAGUUGAAGAUUUCAAUACAAUAACACUGAAGUGAUUUCUCUUUCAGGUGUGUUUGUGUCAUUCACAGAAUACACCUUUUAUUUGUCAUUAGCUGAGUAGUUUCAAGGGGGUGCACCAUUUGACACACCAUCAAAAUGCACUGUUUAUACUAUCUUUUAAGAAAUGCAAUUUGUUGAUCAUGUGAAUAUAAAGUUCGUACCAAUUUUUUUUUUGAAUGCUCAGUUUCUUGUUCAUGAGGACAGGAUUAAAGGGAUAUUUCACUCAUCAAUUUUUCCAAUAGUUUCAGAUCUAAAAAAAAUUGUCUGAAGUUUACUUCGUCUCAUUCUACCGGUUGUAUAGAUUCAGGCUAUAUCUCAAUCCCAAAUAAAAGGAAGAGAUUGGUGCCCAAUUAUUUUCCUUUCAACUGUU